GAAGUGGAUCCGUGCUUUUAGUGCUGUUUACACGCAGACCUGAGGAUCGGUGUGGAACUGGAAAGUAAAAUGCCAUCCGGGAGAAACUUCCGCAGACGCAAAGCCUCCAGCUCCGAAGAAGAGGAGGAAGAUGAAGAGGUGACCAACGAGGUUAGAAUGAAACUUGAAGAAGCCAAGGAAGUGCAGAGUCUACGAAAGCGCCCCAAUGGUGUAAGCGCUGUCGCUCUAUUGGUUGGAGAAAAAGUUUCAGAAGAAGAAGUGCUGGUGGAUGAUCCUUUCAAAAUCAAAACUGGAGGGAUCGUGGAUAUGAAGAAGCUGAAGGACCGGGGCACGGACAGACUUGCAGACGAUGAAGACCUGAACCUGGGAACCUCGUUCUCUGCAGAAACCAACAGGAGGGAUGAAGAUGCUGACAUGAUGAAGUACAUCGAAACAGAGCUGAAGAAAAAAAAAGGAAUCAUUGAGAAUGAAGAGAAGAAGGUGAAGCCAAAGAGCGCAGAAGAUUGCUUGUACGAGCUCCCGGACAGCAUCAAGGUGUCGUCCGCCAAGAAGACGGAGGAGAUGUUGUCCAACCAGAUGCUGAGCGGGAUCCCGGAGGUGGACCUGGGCAUAGAUGCAAAAAUCAAAAACAUCAUCUCCACGGAAGACGCCAAGGCCCGCUUACUGGCCGAGCAGCAGAAUAAGAAGAAGGACAAGCAAACUUCCUUUGUGCCCACCAACAUGGCCGUCAACUACGUGCAGCACAAUCGAUUCUACCAGGAGGACCUCAACACCCCUAUGAGACGUCACAAGGAAGAGCCAAAAGCUCGUCCCCUGCGAGUAGGAGACACCGAGAAGCCAGAACCUGAGAAAUCUCCUCUAAAUCGCAAGCGUCCAUCCAACGAGAAGGCCACAGACGACUAUCACUAUGAGAAGUUCAAGAAAAUGAACAGACGUUACUGAUGCCGCCGUCUGGAAAUCUACAAUACGGCGUAAUAAAGCCCGGACGUGGCCGCCAGUUACCCCGGAGCUGAGAACAGAACUCUUUACCUUCUUUUCUGACACCUUGGAGCUAAAGACUUCUAAGGGUCAAGGCCGUCAGUGUUAUCCGUGGACCAAUGUAUCUGUAUUUUAAAGGGUUUUUCCAGGUGUCCUCAGGAAAGGUCAUCAAUACCUGAUUGGCGGGGGUCUAACACCAGGGACCCCUGACGAUCCGCUUUAUGAAGAGGCUGCAGCACUCCAGUGGCCUCCUCACACCUUACCAAGCACAGCGCUGUCCAUUGUAUAGUGGUUGUGCUUGGUAUUGCAGCUCAGCCCCAUUCACUUGAACGGGACUGAGCUGCGCGGCGCGCCUAGGCCACGUGACUGCUGGACGAGGCUGCACACCGGCGGGCCCUGGUCUCUUCAUACAGCCGGUAGUCGGACCCCCACUGAUCUGAUAUGGAAGAACUUCCCUGAGGACAGGCCAUCAAUAUCAAAAUCUCAGGCAACCAAUUGUAUUGAUUCUUACCUGUUGUGUAUUUGGAGCAGGGACACAAUUAAACAAUCUCUUCUCCAUCUUG